GCAACCUCUAUGUGCCCAUCCGGGGCUUGCUGUUCUUUCGUGUUCCAUUCUCCAAACCAAACGACCUCCUUCAAAGCAAUUUAAGUGGAUGCGACAAAUUACUACUGACUGGUGGCCAACACGAUCCCAAACAUCAAGUCAAAGAGUAGAAAUAAUGAGAGGAUAUCCAGGUCACGACGAACAACUGAAACAAAAGAAAAUGAAGAGUCCCGCAAACGUCACUGAAGAAGAACUUCACCCUGAGAAGCACAAUCCAGUCCACGUUAAACAGAAGGAGGAGCCUGACAUGCUGUUGAUCAAACAGGAGGCGGAGCCAGGGACCUCUGACAUCAAAGAAGAAAAACAGGAAAUUGAAAUCCUCAAGUUUCUGAUGGGUGUCGGUGUGAAGAGCGAAGAAGACGAAGGAACAAGCGAAGAGAGCAGAGCAACGAACCCUUUGAGCGACUGCUCAUUUCAGCACCAGACAACAAAAGGAGAGCAACCGGUCGGCCUCUUAGCUCCGCUUUCGGACAGCGAUGACUUAAAGUCACAUUCUUCUGACUUUAAUACUGAUGAGGAGGAGGAUGACUUUGACCAAAAUGCUUCAAAAUCCUUAGACAAGUCAUCAUUUAAAAUAGACGCAAAGGAAGGCGUGGUUGGGAAACGUUUUCCCUGCUCACUUUGUGAUAAAACAUUUCCUUGUAAACGAUACUUAAGGGCACACAUGCGUAGACACACUGAAGAGAAACCUUUUGCCUGCACACUUUGCGAUAAAAAAUACUCCACGAAGGCAAAAUUAAACAUACACACAAGAACACACACUGGAGAGAAGCCUUAUGCCUGCACACUUUGUGAUAAAAAAUACUCCACAAAGGAAAAUUUAAACUAUCACACAAGAACACACACUGGAGAGAAGCCUUUUGCCUGCACACUUUGUGGUGAAAGUUUCACAUAUCAGCGGGAUUUAAACAUUCACACAAGAACACACACUGGAGAGAAACCUUUUGCCUGCACAUUUUGUGGUAAAAGUUUCACACAUCAGGGACAUUUAAACGUUCACACAAGAACACACACUAGAGAGAAACCUUUUGCCUGCACAUUUUGUGGUAAAAGAUUCACCCGUAAGGAAGAUUUAAACAUUCACACAAGAACACACACUGGAGAGAAACCUUUUGCCUGCACACUUUGCAAUGAAAAAUAUUCCACGAAGGCAAAAUUAAACAACCACACAAGAUUACACACUGGAGAGAAGCCUUAUGCCUGCACACUUUGUGAUAAAAAAUACUUUACGAAAGAAAAUUUAAACUAUCACACAAGAACACACACUGGAGAGAAGCCUUUUGGCUGCACACUUUGUGGUAAAAGGUUCACUUAUCAGGGACAUUUAGACAUUCACACAAGAACACACACUGGAGAGAAACCUUUUGCCUGCACACUUUGUGGUAAAAGAUUCGCCUGUAAGGGAGAUUUAAACAAACACACAAGAACACACACUGAAGGGAAGCCUUUUGCCUGCACAUUUUGUGAUAAAAAAUACUCCACAAAGGCAAAUUUAAACAUACACACAAGAACACACACUGAAGAGAAGCCUUUUGCCUGCACAUUUUGUGGUAAAAGAUUCAGCCAUAAGGGAGAUUUCAACAAACACACAAGUACACACACCGGAGAGAAGCCUUUUGCCUGCACACUUUGUGGUAAAAGAUUCACCAAGCAGGGAAAUUUAAACAUUCACACAAGAACACACACUGGAGAGAAACCUUUUGCCUGCACACUUUGUGGUAAAAGAUUCACCUGUAAGGGAGAUUUAAACAAACACACAAGAACACACACUGGAGAGAAGCCUUUUGCCUGCACACUUUGCCAUAAAAGAUUUUCUCAGAAGAAUAAUUUAAAAAUACAUAAGCGCUCACACACUGGAGAAAAGCCUUUUGCAUGCUCACUUUGUGGUAAACGAUUCGCUCGGAAAGGACAUGUAGUAAGCCACGCAAGUAGCCACACUGAGAGAAAACCUUUGAAUUCUUGCUUGUGACAAAAUGUUCCGAUUCCUGCAUUUACAAUGGAAAAAGCAUUUCAAUUUCAUUAUUCGGUUUCUCACGAGCCUCUUUUGAAAAAGUUGUUCAUGAUUUUUCAGGUGCUGUUCUUUUUUACAACUAUCCAAUUCAUAUAUGGCGGAAAACACAGACAAGGUUGAAAUGGCAGUUUCUGCUCUUGCACCCCACUUUAAAAUAAACUGCUGUAUUUUAAGCCAGUGCUUCUCAAUUAUUUUCUGUUACGCCCCCCCCCCCCAAAGAAGACGUAAAUGUUUCGCGCCCCCCCCUGCCGCCACUGUAAAUAGUAUCAUGUCUAUAAUAUGACUAUUAUAAGUACACCUCUGCCUAACAUUGUGUCCUUUUUUUCUAUUAAAGAAAAAAAGUAACAUAGAUAAACUUAUAAUAAAGUAUAACUUUAUUAAUAUUGUUUUUUUUGCCUGAAUUAAAAAAAAAAGUCACAUCCAAACUAAAAAUACAAACAAGGUAAAUUUUUGACCAUUGGAUACUGAAAAAUAAAAUGUAAUAAAAUCAGUAAACAAUAACUAAUUCAAAUUGAUUAGAAACAUUAACUCAUGAGGACAAUAUGCCCCAAAAUUUGACCGAAAAACAAAACUGAAUAGAAGGGGAAAAAAGUGUCUUUGGACAGAAGGACAGUUUUAUUUUUGCUGCUCGCUGCUCCCAGUAUCACCUCCAGUUUGCAAUGAUGUGGGGUUAUUUUGCACUGAGCAUGCUAACAGUGCUCACCGGUUUACUGAUAUAACACUGAUAAAGCGGGACGAUUGUUGGCAAUAUUCGGCACGUUUUCGCUGAAAAACAAUCAAGCGGCUUAUCAAUGAGAUUGAGAUCUAAUGUCUUUAAGUGGCGUCUUAAUUGAUUUGACUUCCGGCUGUCCGCUAUCAUCAUUUUUAGACACAGUACACAGUGGUCUUUCCUCAUCUCUCAGUAACUCCCACUGUAUUAAAAGUCAAAGGCAAACGGCCCGAAAAAAGCGCAUUCUCGGCGGCCGAGGGAGAACCGUAGGUGAGGGCGGUCGUCGUGACGAUCCCAAACCGAAAAUGGCACUUCUCAGGCGGACACCUGAGAACCGGAGAAGACUGUGGGUAGCUGCGUGAGUCCGGCCGGAAAACGGCUUUCGAAAACUGCGCACAACUCUUCAUAUCUCCUUUCUGUCCUCUUGCUUAGUUCAAAAAUACUGCGUGCACUCUGAAAAUGAGAGCGCCACUGCCACCCACUGAGUGGAUGUGCAAGUACACUUUAUUCUAGUACAGCAAAAAAAAAAAAAAAAAGCAUGUUCCCCGAGGUCGCAUGCGCCACCCCUGACAUCGCUCUGCGCCCCCCUAGGGGGGGCGUGCCCCACUAUUUGAGAAGUACUGUUUUAAGCCAAAACUGUUGUGUUUGAUGGAACAAUAUGUCCAUAUGCUGCCAUAGCAUAAUCAUGGCACAUUAAGCCCCUAAACUAUUUUUAAUAUGUCCGGUUUACACUGGAAACCCCCUUUUAAAGAUGUCGUGCAACCGCUUUUGUUUCAACCCAGCCAAAAAAAGAAGGCACGUAAGAUUCAUUUUUGGAAAUGACAUUUUUAGCUUAGAAUCAUUAAUUGA